AUGACAAUCCGAUCCUCUCUUUUUCUAUCUCUCUCUCUCUCCUUCUCUUCUACCAAACGGAUUCUGCUUAAGGCUUUUCGAAUUGUUCAUAAUGUUCGGGUAAUCUCGAAAACGGCCCACGGUUCCAGUCGACCGAGUUCUCGACUCGUCGCACCGAUCGGCCCACUCGAACGAGUCCUGAUCCACGAGAAGACCUUGACUCGCCUCACCCACAACUUGCCUUUAUUGAUCUCUGUCCUGAAAGCCUUGUUGCCUAGCCCCCGGUCCGUCCACUUGCAGACAACUCGACCAGUUCAAGUUGACCCUCCCCCGCCAGAGGGGCUUGGUUUCCUGUCGUCCAGCCCCCAUUGGCCAGUCGAUACCGCCUUAAUUACAUAA